AUGCAGACGCUGAAUCCGUUGCUCCACAUCGAGUAUGUCCUGGCGGCCGAGUUCGACAUCGACGCAGGCCCUGUGGUCAAGUACCAAUACCCCGACACGCUUCCUGGCGACGAGCAACUCAUGGCGGAGCUCAUGCUGCCAGAUCAGAGCCACGUGCGCAACCAGGACUGGACGAUAUUCUUUCUGCACGACGAAAACGGGCUGCUCAAGUACCGCCCCAACGACAAGGGCGACAUGUUCUACGUGCUCAACCUCGUCAAUACCAAGUUCGAUAAGGACGUGCGACGAGGCGCUAUCGUCAAGAGUAUGUGUCUGAUUACGCGUUACCCCUACUUUCAGAUCUUCAAGCCCGUGCUAAUUCUCGCUCUGGACGAGUACUUUGACGCGCCGUCGCUCGACUGUCUCAAAAAGCUCUACAACAGCAUCAACAGCAUGAGUGUGGACCGCAUGCCCUCCUUCUCGGCGUCAGAAAAACUGCUGCUGGCAGUUUCUGAGGACCAUUCGCUGUUUGCCGAACGGUUUGGCGAGGAGGAGACGGCAUCUAUCGUCGACGAGAAAAACGCUCCUAUUGAUCCCAAAAGAAACUCGUCAGGGGAGAAACCCACAUACUACAUUGAUCUCAAAAACAGAGGCCAUCGGCUGGUAAGCACAGGAACGGUGCGAGAUACACACUACUUUGACUCGUCGUUACAAUACGGAGCCAUGAAGAUCCCCGUUAAGGUGCCAACGGCCAUUUUCCCCGAAACGGUAGGCGACUUUUCGCUCAUCCGACUGCUCAGAACCCUGCAAAGUGUCAAGGGUCCGUUCAAAUCGGUCCACCCGCAACUAACUAUCUUUGGGCCCACCACGCCACCGGUGAUUGUGCUUAUCAACGCGCUUCUGACCCAGAAACGGGUGCUCUUCAUCGGAUACAAUACCCCUUCGGGCGAUGUCGCCGACCACGUGCUGGCAGCCUGUUUCCUUGCAUCUGGCGGAGGCAUUCUGCGUGGGUUCACACGGUAUGCUUUCCCCUACACAGAUCUGUCAAAGGUGGACGAUCUGCUAGAAACACCAGGUUUCAUUGCUGGUGCCAAGAACCCUGCAUUUACCCACCACCCCACUUGGUACGAUGUGGUUGUGGACAUUGAAAACUUCACAAUGGACAUUUCCCCAGCAAUCAGUUCUCCUGUGCCCAAGGAGAAAGACUCUAAGGGCACUAACCCUCUAUUUGCAACGAUAUCUCAGGACGAUAUGAUUUUCACAGACCAGAUUAAACGUAUGUUGACGGAACAUUACGGUGAGUCGUCGAUUCGACACCGGUGCAGAAACUACCUGAUUCGGUUUGUGCGAAUCGCCAUCUCUUACGAAGAGUACAAGUACAAACAGUCACAAUUAUGGCCUCGAAAGGCCCCGGAAAAGGACGCAGGGCACGGGUAUGUGUGGAACUCGGGGACACGGCGUCUCUUGGACUUUCAAAACCUAGAGCCCGUUAUUGAGGGCUGGCGUCAGAGUAGAUCUUAUAAGCUGGCUGCGGAGGACGAGCAGGAGAGACUAACCAACCCGGAAGCUCUGACCUUGGACGUGGAGCACUGUCUGGACAAGCUCAAGAUACAAACUCUCAACAACUCCGAGAGUGCAGCUAUCUACACACUUUUGCAUACACAUGUGUCUGGGUAUGACGACAUCAACACCUUGUUGGUACAUGCCAUUGACAACAAUCUUUUCGAGGUUGCACUGGGGUUGGUUCACCGGUUCCCUGCUGCACGGGAGGCCACCUGUGAGCUCCUCGAGCGAAUCAGAGCCCAUCCUGCUGGUAAGCGGUUCUUUGAUCGAAUCAACCCUUUCCUUAAGGUGACCUUCUUCCGGAUUAUCGAAGACAAACGAAGCUGA